GGGAUUUCCGUCCGCGUCACUUCGCAGAAGACCUUCCCCGUAACCCGCUCGGCUCCGCGCGACUCCAAAAGUAAAGACAGAGAGAGAGAUAAACCCCCACGCCGGUUGUUUGGUUGUUUUUGUGUCGUUGCUGCUCGUUUCUUCAUCGGUUCCCACACGAACACCACCGCCAGCCCGACAACGACAACCCGGACCCAUGCGCGCCCUCCGUCCGCCGCUCGUGGCUUCACGAGCAUCUGCCGGAGCUCGAGAGGGUUUUUGAGAAAGUGCCCUUGCCGGGUGGCCGUAAUGAGGGGAGCAGGUGACCUCCUCCUCCUCUUCCUCCUCGUCGUGGUUCUGGAGUCCCAAGUGACCCUGCAUGCCCUGUCCACGUCGGCAACGGGCCACGAUGGCGUGCACGCAACGCGCGUGUCGUGUUCGUCUGAAAAUGUCAACUUGACCUGGGAUGCCCGGUGCACGUGGACACCGGGCCGUGACGCCAAAGCAUUGAACGUCACGUACAGAGUCUCCUUUUUAGACCAUCGAAGGAAAGCGAUCCUGUCAUGCAAGUGCGAAGAUGAUGCGUCGUCUGUGGCCGGCGGCAGUAAGGGCUGCUGGGACCACUGCCAAAUCAACAACUAUAUCGGAAGUUCUAGCUCAAUAGAAUUCGUGAGCGUGGCGCCUUGGAGCCAUGGAGUGAGCGAGACGCAGCUGGACGGUGUCAGUGAUCACCCCUUCAAUCUGUACAGAUACAUCAUUCCGAGCUCCCCGACUGGAUUACGAGUGGAAGAGACCGACAACAUGAUGUACAGAGUGUCAUGGAAUGAAAAACAUGGGUCUCACGUCGUUCAUAAUUAUGAGGUCAGCUACCAAAAGGCUCCAGACGGAAAGUGGAAGACGAUGCGUGAGACCGACAUGGACUACCUGAUGUUUAAUAAUAAACAUCUCGGGAGCGGCGGCGACUUCAACUUGCGAGUCCGAGCAGGAAUAAGGAACACAACGUUGUACACUGGGCAUUGGGGCCCAUGGAGUGCAGUGGUCCCGUAUCAAGUCACGGUUCCUAAAGAAGGCUCGCUGAUCGCUUUGGUGAUUCCCAUCUUCGCCUGCCUCAUCGUCUGUGGAGUAUUGUCGGUGAUGUGUCUCGUUUAUCGCAAGAGGCUGAAGAAGGAGUUUUGGCCGAAUAUCCCCAACUUCGAACCGUUCAUCACGAACAUCUUGGAAGGCGACGAUCUCCGUUUUCAGCUCUUCCAGCAGAAGAAGCCUCAAGGCUGGAUCGUUGAAGACCAGGCCCCAAGUAAAGUGGAAGUGGUCUCGGAGGUGGAAGUGAACGGUGUGGAGAAGCUGUUCGGCCUCCCGGUACCUCUGCCUCACCACCUCAGUCAUCUCCAACAUAUGCAAGUCCGAUACAGCAGCAUCGCGCGCCCUAAAAAGACACUGCCGCUCUUCACCAUCGUGCCACCAGGGCACCGGCCCUUGCCAGCGGCCUCACGCGAAUCAAACUACGCCGGCGGCGACACCGAAGACGACGACGACGCGACGCCUUACUUUGGCCGCGCCGACGACAAGCUCCCGUUCCUCGACGGCACGCGGGCGGCGCCGUCUAGGGCCGCCGUCCUGGCCGCGCGGGGGAACGCUCUGCCGCAGGGGCUUCUGCCGCGGAACGUAGGCCGAGCGCAAGCCUACGACAGGCUCAGGGACGGAGGGGGCUCGCGAGGAGGAGGAGGAGGAGGCUACUCCGUGAGCGGCGCGAGUGGCCCCGACGACUACGUCUCCCCCUCGGCGCUUUGGAGGGAAGACGUUCGGCCGAUCCUCGGCUUCGGCGAGGCGGGCGCUGCCGGCCUCGUCGUCUCGAUAAGCGCGGCUGCGUCGUCUGAAAUGGCAACCGGCGUGCAGGGUAACGGCGCAAACGGCGGGUUAAAAUACGUGACCUUGAUUCACAACCUGAUGCCCUUGAGUAGCGACGGACAGCUUGAUCGCCGCUCUGGCUGCGGGGAAUUUGAAGAGCGGCUUUCAUUGGCUGAUUACUGCAGGGAAGCUUUCCUGUCCGGCCCAGAAUGCAAAAUGACUAACUCUGGCGGUGAGCAUUGCCAAAGCGUCAAGGAUCACAUUGCGGCUGAAAUGACGUCAAAUUAUCACGAGCGGCAAAGGUUGGAACCGCUUGAACAGGUGGCCAGCAGCGGACGGGUUGAAUCGUGCGCCUUCAAUUACGGCGUCGAAAUGCACAACGGGUACGUUUCGGAGGCGGCAGCGUUUGACGGCGCCUCGGGAAUCGUCGUGCGCGCGGGCGACGCCCCGCAGUACAUCCGCAUGGAGACGGUGCCACGGCUCGCCGAAGGCAACGAAACGGAGCAGAUCGCGCCCGGACGCGUGCACGGCGGCGUCGAGGAGUUCGCCGGAGGUCGCCCGGCGCUCGCCGCCGCCGAAAACCCCAAGGGCCUCGCCGCGUCGGGGGAGUUCGGCGCCGGCUCCGCGCUGCUCCCUCUGGGCGGCUCAUUUGCCGCCUCGUUGACUCGGCUCGCCUGCCCCGCGGCGAGUGCGGCGACCGCGGCGCCGCCGCCGCCGCAGCCGCCCUCGGCGAUCGCCGUCCAGUUGUACGCCGACGCGGUGGCGAUGCAGAGCUACACGAGCGUGCUGGUGGCGGAGUAUCCCGCCGCUCACUGCCUUCCGUUGAGGCGUACGGAACAGGCGACGGGCGAUUGGGUACCAGGGCACCUCCAGCAGGCUCUGUGCGGCGUCGUCGCGUGUUCGAGCGCGCUCCCUCUGGCUCGCGCAGGAGCUGUUUCCACGUGUGGCUACGUCACGCUGCCGUGACUGACGCGACGAUGUUUUUUUACCGGCCCAUUUAGCCGCUGCGCUCAGGAAGCUUGCCUGUGGAAUAUUGCAAUGGAGGGGAAUGGCACGCCGAAAUAAAGGCAUCGAUAUAAAACAUCGACAUGAAGAAAAUGUAUAAGACCAAAAACAAUGAUGUCUUUUGUUUCGGCGUAUUUUUUUUUCUACGUCAAAUAUUUACAGCGAAGAGGAGUGUCUACAAUUAAUACCUGAGACGGAAUAGCCCAGCCGGACUGCUCAUUGUCGAAGCUUCUGGGACAGACGAUGGGCGAGCGGGCACCGAGACCUUGACCGCAAGCCCUGGGCGGUGCCAGUCGCCGAUUCAACUGGCCCAGGUCACUCGUGCAAAUAAGACCCUGCUGGUGGCUCGAGUUCUCACCUGGCUACAUGGCGAGAUGUUAGCUACCUCGCCUGGUAUACAAGAGGUCGUGGAUUCGAUCCCGACCCUGACACCAGUAUAUUUGGAGAUUGCGUGUCUCUCUCUCUUCCCGUGGUCGUCUGGAUUUUCCUCCGGAUCCUCCGGGUUUUCCCUCCGUAUUUAGAAUCAGCAUCACGCGUUGAGAGUAUUUGGCCCCUAGAAAUUUCCACGCGAUAAGCCACUUCGUUGAACUAUCAUUUGUGGCCAGGUCACUUCUGAAAAAGAGCUAAGUGGGUCUUGCCUGGUAAAAUGAAAAAAGUUUAGUUUACAUGAACUGUGGCGUAUAUUGCUUCUGUUCAUGGCUAUGUCCCAUUGCCUAAAAUUAUUUAAUUCGCAUAGCCCUUUAUCCAGUGCUGGAUAAAGGCUAAUCCUGGCCAAUUCUGUCACGGGGUUGUGUGGUAAAUCACAACGGUCGUCAGUGCGAGUAUUUGGUGACCAGGGGCCUGCCCAGGAAUGAUUUAGAUAUUGACUUGCUGCUGCUGCAGGUGAUAGCCGUGGCCGGAAAACCAACUAAAGUUGUUUGUUCGGUUCCUAGUGCAGUGCACUGCAGAAGGUAAUGUAAACUUUAAAUAAGCAUGCUCAGGCAGCACGAAUGUGGACACAUUUGCUCGUGGGAAUAUUGCAACUAAAUAUUACGCAUCGCAUUGCAUCUUACGUUCUGUACCAAACUGCAAAAAUGACAUUAAUAUAUUUUAUUGUGAAUAACAUUGUUGUUCUGUAUGAGUGUCUUCUGUUAACACCACAUCACGCCAUUGAUAAGGUUUGCGUUUUAGACUGAAAACACAUUCCUGCGGAGGGAACUGGUAGGAACGUUGGGUUGCUCGGUCAAUGGCCAGGGUCAACGGCGGCGUGGUGCAUUCCUCAAAUAUGGCCGACUGUGAGGGUGGGCACAAGCCGGCGUGAGUAGGUUAAACGUUGAAUUUUAUAAGGGCACCACCCGGUGACCAGCCCUUCCCCACCCAGCCCCACCCCUCCCACCCCCCACCCAGCCCCACCCUCCCCACCUAGCCCCUCCCCACCCUCCCCACCCUCCCCUCUCCACCCAGCCCACCCCUCCCAUUUUUGGAUGCACGACGGACGGACGGACACAAUAAGCCCCUGUGGGCUGGUGUAACCAGGAGGUUCCUACCAGUAUAAGCAGAAAAAAUAUUUUUUUAAAAGGUCUUAUAACUGUUUAACAGCUCUCUGUGUCUAUAAACACAUCAUUGAAUACUGCACUGCAUGUCUGUGUCCAAAUAUAUUUUUUACUUUUUAACAUUCCAGUAAUCGGUGCUUGACUGUUGUAUAUGUAGUCCUGUAUUUAAAUUUUGCAUGAUGUUAUUCUAUGAAUAAAUAACAGAUUUGCAGUGCGAAACAAGAGUGAAUGGUGUACAAUCCACGAACAUAU